UAAAUGCAGCCGGGUGUUUUCGCUGAAAUCUCUUUCAUAACUUUUAUAUUAAUCGGAUAUAGUAAUGAAUGAAAGUGAAAUAACUAAGUUUUUGGUGUCCUUUAGCGGUCAAAUAGAGUACAUAAUAUUUCCGGCGGGAGUUUUCGACGACAAUUUGUACAUUCAGUAUGACACCGUAUGGGGUGCGGAUUGGGAGCCUGUAUCAGGACUUACUUUUGGGACCAGCCAAAUGGCACAAUCUGGCAAGGAUCCUGAGAGAGUUGUUUUCAAUAUGCCACUGGAAAUGGUCUUUAGUAGCACAAAUGUCUCGGGCUGGCCCCAAAUUAUAGUAACAGUGCGAGCACAGAAUUCGCUAAGCGGAGACUCGCUGCGCGGAUACGGGCUCGCAUUGUUACCGCCAACGACGGGGCCACGGCGAAUCACUGCGUCACUAGUGCGGCCCCAGGCCGCUACAUUGCUAGGGGAAUGGUUGGCGUGGGUUACAGGACGAUACCCAGAGCUAGUUGACCCUAAGAUGCUUGCUAAUGGCAAAGAGAACUAUUUACUACGCACGGAAUCCUACGGCAGUAUCACCUUAAGUUUGACAAUGGUUUCCAAGGACCUGCGCAAGCUAGGCUACGAUAACCUGCCACCGCCGUACAGAGCCACCGAUAUUUGAAAUUAUAAUGAAUAAAACAUAUCU